AAGGGACCGUCCCCCUGCCCCUCCUGCCCUCUUCCUCCCAAGGCCCUCCUCCUCCUUCUGGGAUCCUCCAGAGAGAGACACACAGGCAGAGACAGGGAGGAGAUGCGGAGGCAAAGCCUGGCAGCGGGGCCCCUGGCACCCUUCCUCCUCCUGCUGCUGCUGCUGCUGCUGCCUCUCCUGCCGGGGGCUGCCCUGUCCUCCCGCGGGGCCUUCCAGCUGGCCCUCCUGCACACCAACGACGUCCAUGGCCGGGUGGAGGAGACCAGCCGGGACUCCGGCAGGUGUGCCCCCGGCGGGCAGCAGCCCUGCUUCGGAGGAGUGGCACGGAGGGCCACCAAGAUCCAGGAGCUGCGCCGGAGCGGAGCCCCCGUCCUCCUCCUCGACGCCGGAGACCAGUUCCAGGGCACCGUCUGGUUCUCCUACUUCAAGGGCUGGGAGGUGGUCCGCUUCAUGAACCUCCUGGGCUACGAUGCCAUGACAUUGGGGAAUCAUGAAUUUGACAACGGCGUAGAAGGAUUAUUGAAUCCACUGCUCAAAAAUGUUAAUUUUCCUGUUGUAAGUGCAAACAUUAAAGCAAGCAAACAAUUAGCAAGCAACAUCACGGGUUAUUUUUUUCCUUAUACAAUCAUAAAUGUUGGCACAGAAAAAGUGGGAAUUGUUGGCUAUACCACAAAGGAAACUCCUGUUCUUUCGGAUCCAGGGCAGGAUUUAGUGUUUGAAGAUGAAAUUGCAGCAUUGCAGCCACAGGUAGAAAAACUUACUACUCUGGGAGUCAACAAGAUCAUUGCACUUGGUCACUCUGGUUUCACUGUGGAUAAAAUGAUUGCUCAGAAAGUUAAAGGUGUGGAUGUUGUGGUCGGGGGACACACAAACACAUUUCUUUAUACAGGCAAUCCUCCUUCAAAUGAUAUACCUGCUGGUGCUUAUCCAUUCAUGGUGAAAUCGGAUGAUGGGCGUGAAGUGCCUGUUGUUCAAGCUUACGCAUUUGGAAAGUAUCUUGGCUAUUUGAAUAUCACCUUUGAUGAUGAUGGAAAUGUAAUUAAUGCAUCUGGAAACCCUAUCCUACUAGACAGCAGUAUCCCGGAAGAUCCAAUUGUGAAAGCAGAAGUUGACAAGAUGAAGGCUGAGCUGAGAAAUUUUUCUUCAAAAGAAAUAGGAAAGACUAUUGUUUAUCUAAAUGGUACCAGUCAAGCAUGCCGUUUUCAGGAGUGCAACAUGGGAAACUUGAUUUGUGAUGCUGUGGUUUACAAUAACCUGAGACAUCCAGAUGACAAUGAGUGGAAUCAUGUCUCGAUGUGCAUCAUAAAUGGUGGUGGAAUACGGGGACCCAUUGAUGAACAAAGCAAUAAUGGUACUAUUACGUGGGAAGAGCUGCUAUCUGUGUUGCCAUUUGGAGGAACGUUUGACUUGCUACAGAUCAAAGGUUCAACUCUGAAAGAAGCAUUUGAACACAGUGUUUAUAGGCACGGGCAAGGAACAGGAGAACUGCUACAAGUCUCAGGUAAGCAACAUGUCUGGAUUGCCAGUUCAAAGUCCUAAAUGCUCUUUUCCUUUGGAUAGAUAACCAGGUGGCUUAUCUUACAUUAGCACUCAGAAGGCUUGUCAAGUCUAUUCCAAUGCAGCCAGGCAGAAGGAAACCAAUCUAGAGAUAAUUUUACCUCACAGACAGCUGCCUGGGGUGGCUUAAUUCAAAGGGCUUUUGCUUGUUAUGCUGCAUGUACCAGUGGAACUUCCAGCAUGGAUGUCAUAAUUCCAACAUAUACCAGAAACAAUUUUUUUUAAACCCUGUGACUGAGCUGUCUCUAGAAUUCCCACUCAUCCUCCCUUCAUCUUAAUUUCUGCUCUAGAUCAGAGGAAAAAAUGCAUUUAUGAACAAAUAAAGACAGCAAUGCUUC